GUGUGGGUGACUCGAGUGCCACGAGAGCUUUGAAUAACAGCGCGAGGGGAGACAAAUAAAAAGGAAUAAGCUAGCCGCCCGCCACCAGUCUUCCGGCGGCAAAGAGAAGACACGGGAAUAAACCAUGCCUUCUAAGACGGUCCCUGCAGCGAAAGCGGAUGUGCCCGCUAACGUGAAGGCUGUAGGGGGCGAGGUGACAGAGCUCACUGGGCUCUUCGUGGAGAAGCCGCCAGAUCAUGUGACCGCUAUUGCAGGAAAGGAUUUGAUCCUCACUGCCAAGGUUGACUCGAGCUCCUUGGUAAAGAAACCCGUGAUGAAAUGGCUGAAGGGGAAGUGGAUGGAUUUGAGCAGCAAGGCUGGGAAACACAUGCAGUUCAAAGAAACAUACGACAGGGAGACAAAGAUCUACACUUAUGAAAUGAUGGUCAACAAAGUGGUCGCCGGAGACGCCGGUGGCUACAGGUGCGAAGUGACAUCCAAAGACAAAUGUGACAGCUCCAGCUUUGAGAUCGCCGUGGAGGCCUCCCAGCAAGACCAGCAUGCGGACAUUUUGUCUACCUUCAAGAGAGCGGAUGCCGGCGAAGAUGACGGUGAUCUGGAUUUCAGUGCUCUUCUCAAAGCUGCCAAAAAGAAGAGACCUGAAAAGGUGGAGGAGGAGGUCGACGUAUGGGAAUUGCUGAAGAGCGCCCACCCGAGCGAAUAUGAGAAAAUCGCUUUCAAGUACGGCAUUACCGACCUGAGGGGCAUGCUGAAACGUCUGAAAAAGAUGAGGGUGGAGCCCAAGCACAGCGAGGCUUUCCUGACCAAAAUGGAAUCUUGCUACACCGUGGACAAAGGCAAAAGAAUCGUCCUCAAGUGUGAGGUGAUGGAUUCCAACGUGCAGGUCAAAUGGUUGAAGAACGGCCAAGAGAUCAAACCCUCUGCCAAGUACUUGAUGGAGACAAAUGGAAACAUCAGAACGCUCACCAUCAACAAGACCACCCUGGCUGAUGACGCUGCGUACGAGUGUGUGGUGGGCGAAGACAAGAGUUUCACGGAGGUUUUCGUCAAAGAACCACCUGUGACCAUCACCAAGCUUAUGGAUGACUACCACGUGGUGGUGGGGGAGAGAGUGGAGUUUGAGAUUGAGGUGUCAGAGGAGGGCGCCCAUGUCAUGUGGUUCUAUGGGGAUGAGGAGAUUGUAAAGGACACGGCAUCCACAAAGUAUCGCUUUAAGAAAGACGGGAAGAAGCACACGUUCAUCAUCCAGGAAGCGACGUUGGAGGACAUCGGAAUGUACCAUGCUUGGACAAACGGGGGCCAUACCAAAGGAGAGCUGGAGGUGGAAGAAAAAAAGCUGGAAGUGUUGCAGGACAUUGCUGAUCUGACGGUGAAGGCGACCGAGCAGGCUUUGUUCAAGUGUGAGGUGUCCGAUGAAAAGGUCACGGGCAAGUGGUACAAGGAUGGAGUGGAAGUGAUGCCCAGCGAACGCAUCAAAAUGACACACGUCGGAAGGUUUCAUCGUCUGAUCAUUGACGACGUGAAGCCGGGGGAUGCCGGGGACUACACUUUCGUUCCUGAUGGAUACGCUCUGUCACUUUCGGCCAAACUCAACUUCCUGGAAAUCAAGAUCGACUAUGUGCCCAGGCAGGAUCCACCAAAGAUCCACCUGGACACCACCGGAAACAUGGUGUCCAAUAACAACAUCAUUUUGGUGGCUGGCAACAAGCUGAGACUGGACGUGGAUAUCACUGGAGAACCAGCACCCACGGUGGUCUGGUCCAAAGGCGACCAGCCAAUCACAGAGAAUUCUGGACGAGUCAGAGUGGAGAGCAGGAAGGACUCGAGUUGCUUCGUCAUUGAGGGCGCAGAGAGGGAGGACGAGGGCAACUACACCAUCGUGGUUACCAACCCGGCCGGGCAAGACAAGGCUGUGCUGAAUAUCAAGAUAAUAGAUGUACCCGAUGCUCCCGAGCACGUCAAGUGCACAACAGUGGGAGAAGACUGCGCCACCAUCAUCUGGGAGGCUCCCAAAUUUGAUGGCGGUGCAGCACUCAAGGGCUAUCUGAUGGAGAGAAAGAAGCAAGGUUCUUCCAGAUGGACAAAGCUUAACUUUGACGUGUACGAAUCAACCACGUACGAGGCCAAGAAGAUGAUUGAAGGCGUCCUGUACGAGAUGAGGGUGUUUGCCGUCAACAGUAUCGGCAUGUCCCAGCCGAGUCUCACUUCCAAGCCCUUCAUGCCUAUCGCCCCGACGAGCGAGCCGACCCGUCUGACGGUGAACGACGUGACGGACACCACGUGCUCCCUGAAGUGGCUGGCCCCGGAGAGAAUCGGAGCCGGGGGCCUGGAUGGCUAUGUUAUUGAAUACUGCAAAGAUGGAGAUACUGAGUGGGUGGUAGCCAACACAGACCUGUGUGAAAAACAGAGCUACGUGGUCCGUGGCCUACCUGUUGGGGAGAAGAUUAACUUUAGGGUGGUGGCAGUGAACAUUGCAGGGCGCAGUGCUCCCGCCGUCAUGUCAGAGCCCGUCACGAUCCGUGAGAUCAUGGAGCGUCCUAAAAUCCGCCUACCUCGGCACCUGAGGACAAAGUACAUCCGUAAAGUGGGAGAAAAGAUCAACCUGACCAUCCCCUUCCAGGGCAAACCACGUCCCGUCGCAAACUGGUUUAAGGACGGGCAACCCGUUGACCCAAAAAUCAUCAAUGUACGUACCUCCAACGUGGACACCAUCCUCUUCAUCCGUUCGGCGGAGCGAGAGCACUCCGGAACAUACGAGCUGGUUCUGAAGAUCGAGAACAUGGAGGACAGGGCCAGUUUCCAACUCAGAGUUGUUGAAAAGCCGGGGCCACCUUUAAAUGUGCGGGUGUCCGACGUGUGGGGAUUCAACGCCGCUCUGGAGUGGGACCCCCCCACCGAUGACGGUAACUGUGAGAUCACCGGAUACACCAUCCAGAAGGCCGACAUGAAGACUAAGGAAUGGUUCACUAUUUACGAGCACAACAAACGGACCCACUGCACGGCGUCCGACCUCAUCAUGGGCAACGAGUACAUGUUCUGCGUCUACAGCGAAAACUUGUGCGGCCUGAGCGAGGAACCUCGUCAAAGCAAGAACACGGCCACCAUCGCCAAGACAGGUGGGAACCUUACUGUACUUGAAAUAGUUUCCGUUAUAAUUCUUCUUUCGCCACGUAUCGUAGCUCUGCAGGUGAACCUAAACCCCUACCAGGAGAUGGAUAUGUCCUGCGUGCCUAAGUUCACUCAGCCGCUCGUGGACAGAACUGUGGUGGCCGGGUAUAGCACUGCCAUCAGCUGUGCCGUCAGAGGCUUCCCUAAGCCCAAGAUCGUAUGGAUGAAGAACAAGAUGAUCCUUGGUGAAGACCCCAAGUACUUGAUGCAGAACAACCAAGGCGUGGUCACCCUCAACAUUCGCAAGCCGAGCCCCUUUGACGGAGGCAAAUACACCUGUGUGGCCAUCAACGAGCUGGGCAAAGACGAAGUGGAGUGCAAGCUGGACAUUCGAGUUGCCGUGGAUCCGCACCAGGAUUAAGAAAAAGAAGAGUAAGGCCUACUCUGAACAGAGAAUGUCAGAGUUUGACAUGAAAAAAAAAUAAAAUAAACAGAAAUUAUUGGUG